AUCAAAUCCCUCUUCUCCCUGCCUCUCUCUUCUUCCCAUUUUUUUCUCCUCAAAAUUUUCUCUUUUAACUGCCAAAAUUCGCAGAUUCAGAUCCCUAUCACCAUCGUCGUCGCCUCUCUUUCUCUCUCGAUUUCGCUUUUGCUUUCCCAAUGGCGGUGGUGUCACCAUUAGCGAAGUACAAACUGGUGUUUCUCGGCGAUCAAUCGGUCGGGAAAACCAGCAUCAUCACGCGCUUCAUGUACGACAAAUUCGACACCACCUAUCAGGCGACAAUAGGCAUCGACUUCUUGUCAAAAACUAUGUACCUUGAAGAUCGUACAGUUCGCUUGCAACUUUGCAAGUCACAAAGCCCUGUUUUGUAUUAUUUUGUAUUGUCAUUUGGUGAUUACUACAGACUGAAAACUACUCCCUAUGAUUUCAGGGACACUGCUGGCCAAGAAAGAUUCAGGAGUCUUAUUCCAAGCUACAUUAGAGAUUCUUCAGUGGCAGUGAUUGUCUAUGAUGUUGCCAAUCGGCAGUCAUUUUUGAACACAUCAAAGUGGAUUGAGGAAGUAAGAACUGAAAGAGGCAGUGAUGUUAUCAUUGUUCUUGUUGGGAACAAAACUGACCUUGUCGACAAGAGACAAGUCUCGAUUGAAGAAGGAGAUGCUAAGGCUCGUGAAUUUGGUGUCAUGUUCAUAGAAACCAGCGCAAAAGCAGGUUUCAACAUCAAGCCUCUAUUCCGGAAAAUAGCUGCUGCAUUACCAGGUAUGGAAACUCUUUCCUCCACAAAGCAGGAGGAGAUGGUGGACGUCAACUUGAAGCCAACAUCAAAUGCAUCACAUAUGGAGCAGCAAGGAGGAGGCUGUGCUUGUUAGAUAACUUUUUUCCCCUCUUUUUCAGUAUUGAGUCUUUUGAUAGUGCCAAUUUUAUGGAGUUUUUGUUAAGUUUUUAGUGAACACGUUAAUUGGAAAUCAGGAAAAAACACGUUCGUGAUAAAUCAGAUUCAGGGGAGAUAUGCUUUUGAAAU